CGUGCAAGGAGAAUAAAAAUAUUAAACAUAAACAGCUUAAUAAUAGUUAAAAAAGACUUGUUAUAUCUAUUAAUAGGAUAACUAAUUUAUUUCAAAAUGUCAAUUGAAAUCGAGUCUGCUGAUGUUAUACGCUUAAUACAACAAUAUCUGAAAGAGUCAAAUCUUACUAAGACGCUUCAAACUCUUCAGGAAGAAACUGGUGUAUCUCUGAACACGGUAGACAGCGUGGACGGCUUCUGUGCAGACAUUAACAAUGGCCACUGGGACACUGUCCUCAAAGCAACAGCCUCUCUCAAGCUACCAGACAAGAAGCUGAUGGAGCUUUACGAGCAGGUGGUGUUGGAGUUGAUCGAGCUGCGUGAGCUGGGCGCCGCGCGCUCUAUGUUGCGCCAAACGCAGCCCUGCCAGCUUAUGAAACAGCUCCAGUCAGACCGCUACAUGCAUCUUGAGAACCUCCUGUCGCGGUCAUACUUCGAUCCACGCGAGGCGUACGUCUCGGGCGGCGGUAAAGAGCGGCGGCGCGCAGCUCUGGCGGCGGCACUGGCGGGCGAGGUGUCUGUCGUGCCCAGCUCGCGACUGCUGGCGCUGCUCGGCCAGGCGCUCAAGUGGCAGCAGCACCAGGGCCUGCUGCCGCCUGGAACGACGAUCGACUUGUUCCGCGGCAAGGCGGCGAUCAGGGACGAGGAGGAUGACCAGUGUCCUACUCAACUCUCAAAAAUGAUCAAGUUUGGCCAAAAAUCACACGUUGAGUGUGCCAGGUUCUCUCCGGACGGGCAGUACUUGGUUACGGGCUCGGUGGACGGGCUGGUGGAGGUGUGGAACUUCACGACGGGUAAGCUGCGCAAGGACCUGCGCUACCAGGCGCACGACGACUACAUGAGCAUGGAGGAGGCCGUCCUCAGCCUCGCCUUCGGCCGCGACAGCGACACGCUCGCCGCCGGCUCCAUCGACGGCAAGAUCAAGGUGUGGAAGGUGUCGAGCGGGCAGGUGCAGCGCAAGCUGGAGCGCGCGCACGGCAAGGGCGUGACGUGCCUGCAGUUCACGCGCGACAACACGCAGAUCCUGUCCGCCUCCUUCGACCGCACCAUCCGCAUCCACGGCCUGAAGUCGGGCAAGCUGCUGAAGGAGUUCCGCGGGCACACCUCCUUCGUGAACGAGGCGGUGUUCACGCCGGACGGGCACGCCGUGCUGAGCGCCUCCUCGGACGGCACGGUGCGCCUGUGGAGCGUUCGCACCGGCGAGUGCACGGCCACCUUCAAGCCGCUGGGGUCCGGCGAGCCGCCCGUCAACUCGCUGCUGCUGCUGCCCAAGAACCCCGAGCACUUCCUCGUCUGCAACCGCACGAACACCGUCGUCAUCAUGAACAUGGCGGGCCAGAUCGUGCGCUCGCUGUCCACCGGGCGGCGCGAGGCGGAGGGCGGCGCGCUCGUCUGCGCAGCGCUCGGCGCGCGCGGCCGCCUCGUCUACUGCGCCGCCGAGGACCUCGUGCUGUACGCCUUCUGCGCCCACAGCGGCAAGCUCGAGCGCACCAUCAACAUCCACGAGAAGGCGGUGAUCGGCAUGACGCACCACCCGCACCAGAACCUGCUCGCCACCUACAGCGAGGACGGCCUGCUCAAGAUAUGGAAGCCCUAGCUUUAGAGUAUUAUACGAUUAGGAUAAGUCUUUUGUACAUAGGAUACAUGUGGUGAGGUACGACGACCAGAGGAUUUUGUACUUGAGACAAGCGCACCUUCAUUCGCAAGGCGGCAUUUGCAAGCCUCCGCUUGCAAAGCAAUGCCGUAAGUAAAGAAACAGAAGUUGGUGUCUUGUAUUAAUGCAUUAAAAUAUUAAAUCUCAA